CAAAUCAUCAAAUGCCAUAGUUUUCCAUUAUAGUUCUGGUUGCAUGGUCGUGGACACCUCAAACCUCGAAGAAGCUAUUCGACAUGGCGUUCCAGACUCCUAUGUCGGCGCUGGGGCUACCGCAGUCGCGACUCCGUAGCCGAGAUGUCGCCUCCGCCAAGGAAGCUGCGCUGUUUCGACGGCGGCGUGUUAUUGCAGGCGUGGUGCUCACUGCGCUGUGCCUGAGCAUCAUGAUGACCUGGCGUCUAUUCAUGCAGCUGCCGCCUUCCGCAUCGUCCGUGGCCGUGGCAUCUCCACGGCGUACGCUACACCAGACACUUCCGCCCGGGGUGAAGCAGCAACAACGUCUCAAUCAGGAGAACCUGCUGGCUGAUGAGCGCCAGCGCAAUAUCGAGGAGCAACAUGCGACGCGCAGCUUCCGUAACGAGAAGCAGAUCGUAAUGGUGCUCACUCAUUUCCGAGACAGCGACGCGUGCGCCCAGGCACUUGUUGACGCACGUGCAACCGCUUUCCUCGCGACACGGGUCCACUUUCGCGUGUUUGAAGAACUUUACCUGACGCAUGAGCAGACAUGCGUGCAACGGUUCUGCGAGCUGAAGCCCAAGGACUGCAAGCAACUGCUUCGAUCCGGACAACUGCGGACACAGAGGAGAGACGCAUCGGGAGCGGUCGGAGCGACCGUCGCUCGAUACGUUGCCGAAGGGAUGGUGGAACACAAAUUCGCGAACGAUUUUUACUUUUCGGUGGACCCCGCGGUCGUAGUGCUCACAGAGAACUGGGAUCUCGAGCUACUAAAACAAUGGUACAGUAUAGGCAACGAUAUGGCUAUCCUGAGCGUCGCACCCAAGGCUGUUGAGCUGCGCGGACUGACGAACUCGACUGUGCUCGUGCACUGCUCAGCACGCAUCCAUUCCAAGUUUCCAGACGCGGUGGUGGAAUUCAAUGCCCCCGAGCCGGUACCACGUCAAGGAGGUGCGUUGGUUUCGCCGGUGUUGCAGACGCAGUACUCGGAAGUGUUCCAUUUUGGCCCAACACGAGCGCUCUUCGAUGUGCGCUCGGACCCACAUACGCCGUUGAUCUUGGUCGGCCACGAGUACGCGCGUGCAACGCGCUUCUGGACUCGUGGCUACGACUUCUAUGCUCCCAACGAGGACGUACUGUUCGCUCGGUACCACUGGCAGGAACCCCCGCUGCCGAUGGUUUCUGGUGCCAUUGAUGACCACACGGGCAAGCAGCGACAACGCAGAAUGGACGAGGCUAACCGGCGUAUUCGACGGCUGAUGGGAUUGUCCGUGUCAGUCCAGGAUGGGCAACUGGAGCAGUCCCAGGUUUUUGCGCUGGGUAGCCAACGAUCCAUGAAGGCAUGGCAGCAGUUUUCGGGUGUGGAUCCUCGCGCAGCCUACAACGAGUCCACGACCAACCAGUUCUCGCUCUGCGGUGCGCUUGCAAGUGGUAAAGUGCACUAUGUGCCCUACUAAGAGAUAUCCCCAUUGCUGCUGCCAAGGUUGGGGACAUCAUUUCCCGGACAUGUAUACAAUGUAUACCAGCCCAACCGAAUUCUAAAAAAUAAACUAAUUGGUGGAAAUUGAGGAU